AUGGCUCAGUUCGUUCCACGCAGUACCUUCCCCCAUUAUGGGGCGAUUCCAAGGUCCUAUUUCUUAGGACACCAUCGCGCUGGUCUCACCAAGAUGAAGAGCAUGCUCUCAUCGAUUGACUAUGUGGUGGAAUGUCGUGAUUAUCGAGCCCCCGUCACCUCGAUCAACCCUAUGUUCGAGGAAGCUUUGGGCAAAAUGCGACGACUGAUCGUUUAUACCAAGAGAGAUCUUGGGAAUAUUCCCAGAUCACCCAUUCAGAAAGCAGUAGAACGGAAGCUGGAAAGCUUCGAUCCAAACAGCGCUGUCUUCUUCACCAGUUCAGCCUCUCGCCAAGAUGUCAGCCAGAUCAUCAAACACCUCCGAAAUGAUGCCGAAGCUCUUGAUAAGCUAGUAGGAUGUCGAGUGUUGGUCGUUGGGAUGCCGAAUGUCGGAAAGUCAACUCUGAUCAAUAAUCUGCGCAAUUCGGGCACAGGCAAAGCCAAAGCAGUGAAGACUGGGCAGCAGCCUGGUAUCACGCGCAAAAUUGCGACCCAAGUGAAAAUCAUUGAUCGCGAGUGUGGUUCGCACGUUUACGUGCUGGACACGCCAGGAGUCUUCAUGCCGUAUGUCCCAGAUGCCGAGAACAUGCUCAAGCUGGCACUCUGUGGGUGUGUUAAGGACACUGUCAUAUCGCCAAUCACGCUUGUGGACUAUUUAUUAUAUCAUAUCAAUCUGCAUGAUCCGACGGUUUACAAGCGGUGGUCAGAGCCGACCAACGAAGUUGUUCCGUUGCUUGAAAGUUUUGCGCGUCAGACUGGGCUCCUUGGGAAAGGCGGAGUGCCCAACACUGAAGGGGCUGCACUUCAUUUCAUACAAAAAUGGCGGCAAGGAGAUAUGGGUCGGUUCCUGAUUGACGACCUGGAGUUUGAGGAACAACGGCGGAACGAUCCCAGUGAAACAGAGCGUAUGAGCAUGACUCAGGCCUUAAGAGCGACAAGGUCACCCCGAAAGAACAAACCCGCUGUAACUAGCGAUCUAUAA